UAUUAUACUCUUUGAUUAAAUAGAGGUUAUAAAUGUUUAAAAUAAAUCGUGAAAAUAAAGCAAUACAAAUAUAAUUAACAUUGCUAGACUGCUAGUUAUUCAUAAAGAGCUUUGUCGCUCAAGACAAACAGGAAAUAAUUUUGAGUAAGAUGGCACUGAUGAAACGUUUGUUUUUAAAAAUUGUUUAUACACCUCGAGCAUUAUCUUACAACGUCCGACAUUUGUCUACAGAAGUAGCACAUGAUGACAGCCCUGUGGAAAUGGAAAACCCAUUCACUAAAGAAAAACGCCAAUGUAUACUUUGUAAAUUGAACAUAACGCCAGACUAUAAGAACUACAGGCUUCUAUCACAGUUCCAAAGUCCAUAUACAGGAAGGAUAUAUGGAAGACAUAUAACUGGACUAUGCCAAACAAAACAGGCAGCAGUAGAGAGAGAAAUCACUAAAGCACAGAACUGCGCUUAUAUGCCUUACUAUUAUAAGGACAAAACAUUUUUAAAGGAUCCUAAGCUGUUUGAUCCUGAAAAUCCAAUCCGAUCACACAGAUUUUAGAUACAUGCAGUCAGAGGAUUGCCGUUGUAAAGUAAUUGCUAUAACUCAAUAAAAUAUUUUUUGUGAAAAUAUUAAUGUUGGUGUGGUGAAGUAGUUGAUAAAAAUAAUAAAUAAUUAUUAUUUA